AUGCUCACGCAGCGCGAAGGUUCCCACAUGAAGCAGAAAUUCCAGAGGUUUUACCGCAGUGAACACGAGUUUAUCGUGGAAUCGGAGGUGUACGGGGAGGACGUGUAUUUCAACCCCGAGUUUAUCGAAGUGGAUCGAAUUCUGGAUGUGCGAAUCGUCACAAGCGAGCCGAUUUCCGACGAGGAGGCGCAGAACGAUCCCGACUAUGCGCUGCUCGCGUCCGAAGACUGCUAUGGAUCGAAAGGACGCUUCACGAAGCAGUUCCUCGUGAAAUGGCAGAGCACGCAAUACGAAGAAAUCACCUGGGAAGUCUUCGACGACUUCCGCGACGAAGCGGCGAUCCGCAAGUACUACGCUCAUCUGUGCGGCUUGGAUCGCUCUCUCACGCCUAGACGUCGCGUUGUGGACCCGAACGCUGCCGCGCCGCACGACCGUCCGCCCUUGGCGCAGUUUCGGAAGGUGAAUCCGGAGGAGAUUCCGACGAAAGGGAACCAGCUGCGCCCCUACCAAGUGGAAGGCGUGAACUGGAUGCUGUGGAACUGGUUCAACAACCGAAACAGUAUUCUCGCGGACGAAAUGGGGCUCGGCAAAACCGUGCAGAGCACGUUGUUUAUCCAGCAAAUCCUGCAUCGCUACAAGACGAAGCCUCCCUUCCUCAUCGUGGCUCCGCUCUCCACCCUGCCGCACUGGGAGGCGGAGAUCGCGCGCUGGACCGAUCUGCACGUGGUCGUCUUCCACGGCCGCGUCGAAUCGCGCCGAAUCAUCAAGCAGUACGAGUGGAAGUCGCAGGAGGGCGAGUUCGACAUCCUCUUAACCACCUUCCAGAUCUGCAUCGCGGAGGCCGCAGCGCUCUCGUCGAUUUCAUGGGCAGGUUUGGUGGUGGACGAGGCGCAUCGGCUGAAGGGGAAGAACAACAAGCUCGGCGACGUGCUCAAGAAAAUCGACUUCGGCUGCAAGCUGCUGCUCACCGGCACGCCGCUGCAGAACAACACGGAGGAGCUCUGGAUCCUCCUCAACUUCCUCCAGCCGGAGCGGUUCCACGACGCCGAGCAGUUCCAGGCCGAUUUCGGCGACAUGAAGGUGGCGGCGCAGCUGGAGAAGCUGCACACGCUGCUGAAGCCGCUGAUGCUGCGACGAAUGAAGGAGGACGUGGAGAAGUCGCUGAAGCCGAAGGAGGAAACGGUGAUCAACGUGGAGAUGACGGCGAUGCAGAAGAAGUUCUACCGCGCGGUGUACGACCACAACACGAGCGUGCGUAGCGUCAGCACGGACAGCAAAAACCUGCCUUCGCUGAUGAACAUCACCAUGGAGCUGCGGAAAUGCUGCAAUCACCCCUUCCUGAUCCGCGGCGCGGAGUCCACCGUCAUCGAGGAGAUCUGUGCGGUGUACCCCUUUCGAUCAAGCCUCGCGCCCGAGCUCGCUUUGAAGUACAUCACCUACGCGAGCGGGAAGAUGGUGGUGCUGGACAAGCUGCUCCCCAAGCUGCGCGCCCAAGGCCACCGCGUGCUGCUGUUCAGCCAGAUGGUGAACAUGCUGAACAUCAUCCAGGACUAUCUCUCCAUGAAGGGCUAUCCCUUCGAACGCAUCGACGGCGGCGUUAAAAUCAGCGAUCGCCAGGCCGCCAUCGAUCGCUUCUCCACGCCGGGAAGCGACCGCUUCAUCUUUCUGAUCUGCACGCGCGCCGGCGGCGUGGGCAUCAAUUUAACCGCGGCGGACACGGUGAUCAUUUACGACUCGGACUGGAAUCCGCAGAACGACAUCCAGGCGCAGGCGCGGUGCCAUCGCAUCGGGCAGGACAAGGCAGUGAAGGUGUACCGCCUGAUCACGAACCGGACGUACGAAAUGGAGAUGUUCCAGAAGGCGAACAUGAAGCUGGGUCUGGACAAAGCCGUGUUGAACCCGCUGAAGCAGAACAUCAAAACGGACGGGCAAGUGGAGAUGAGCAAACUGAGCAAGAAAGACGUCGAGACGUUGCUGAAGUACGGAGCGUAUGAUUUGUUCAAAGAGGAACGCGAAGGGCGAUCCGAGGAGCGAAGCAAUGCGUUCUGCGAGGCGGAUAUCGAGCAGAUUCUGGAGAAGAACGCGAAGGUGAUCACGAUCGAUUCGCAGGGCGGGUCAUCGUUCAGCAAAGCGUCGUUCAUCACGGACACGUCGGACGAGAUCGAUAUCGAUGACCCGAAUUUCUGGACGAAGAUCGUGGGGCUGAAGGACCAUUCGCAGGACGUCAUGGGUCCUCGCGUCCGAAAGAAGGUGGAAUACAAGGAGGUGGGCGACGGAGAAGAUCUAGUGGAGGGCGGAUUUGAGGAUGAGAACGAGUGGAACAAAACGGAUCGCGAUAUGCUGGUGAAGCAGGUAUCUCUUUGA